AUGUCACUCCCACAAACCGCAUCCCGUGACAGAGGACAAGACAAGAGUCACCUCACAGAACCGGGGAAAAGACAGUGUUGUCAUCGCCUGGUCUCUUUAGCUGACAGUGUUGUCAUCACCUGGUCUCUUCACUUGACAGUGUUGUCAUCGCCUGGUCUCUUUAGCGGACAGUGUUGUCGUCGCCUGGUCUCUUCACCUGACAGUGUUGUCAUCGCCUGGUGUCUUCAGCUGCCUCUCUCCAUGGCUGUACUGGAGGGGCUUGUCCAGGUCCCCAGCACAGUCUCUCUGCUGGUUGCUGGGUUGCUGCUGCUGCUUGCCUACCUUCACUACUCGAGCGUCAGCAGCCCAGAGAAAGGGAAGAAGCUCCCUGGACCCACACCGCUGCCCAUCAUCGGGAACCUGCUGCAGCUGGACCUGAGGAGUCUACACGAGGCGCUGUGUAAGCUCUCCAAGACGUACGGAUCGGUCUUCGCGGUUCACUUGGGACCUAAGAAGAUUGUGAUCUUGUCGGGGUAUAAGACGGUGAAAGAGGCCCUGGUUAACCAUGCUGAAGAGUUUGGGGAUCGGGCUGUCAAUCGCGCAUCCAAUGCUGUAAACAAAGGGCAUGGAAUCGUCUUUACAAAUGGAGAGCAGUGGAAAGAGAUGAGACGCUUUGCUCUGACAAACCUGCGGGACUUUGGCAUGGGAAAGAAAACCAGCGAGGAAAAAAUCAUUGAAGAGACACGAUACCUGGCAGAGGUGUUUGAAAACUUUAAAGGUAAAGCAUUUGAUACGACUCAGCCGGUGAACUAUGCCGUCUCAAACAUCAUCUGCGCCAUUGUGUACGGCAGCAGGUUCGAGUACAGCGACCGGCGCUUCAAAGACAUGGUCAACAGAGCCAAUGAAAACAUCCGACUCGGUGGAUCUCCAGGUGUUCGGCUUUGUCGCAUGUUCCCUUGGCUUGGUCAACUGCUGGCGUGCUGGAAAAAAUUCAAAAGUACAGCAAAAGAGCAAAUUGACGGGAUGAGGAAGCUGAUCAACGAGCUGCAAGAGACUCUCAACCCACUUGAGCCGAGAGGAUUUGUUGACUCCUUCCUUAUACGAAAACAGAAAGAAGAGGAAUCUGGACGGAAAGAUACGUACUUCCAUGAGGAGAACAUGGUCUUCUCCGUGGCCAAUCUAUUUGCAGCGGGCACAGAUACAACAGGCACCACUCUGCAGUGGGGGCUGUUGCUGAUGGCCAAAUACCCUCACAUACAGGACCGCGUCCAGGAGGAGAUUGACCGGGUGAUCGGCGGCCGGCAGCCAGUGGUGGAGGACAGGAAGAGCAUGCCCUAUACGGACGCCGUGAUCCACGAGACCCAGAGAGUCGCCAACAUCGCGCCCAUGAGCAUCCCACACACCACCAGCUGUGACGUCCAAUUCCAAGGCUUCUUCAUCAAGAAGGGCACCACAGUGUUUCCCCUGCUGACCUCUGUGCUGCGCGAUGAGUCUGAGUGGGCCAAACCGUACGACUUCCACCCUGGACAUUUCCUGGAUGACCAGGGCCGCUUUGUCAAGAGAGACGCGUUCAUGCCCUUCUCUGCAGGCCGCAGGGUGUGUUUGGGCGAGAGUCUGGCCAGGAUGGAGCUCUUCCUCUUCUUCACGUCUCUUCUUCAACGCUUCCGUUUCACUCCUCCUCCCGGCGUCUCUGAGGACGAGCUGGACCUCACACCAGCGGUGGGCUUCACCCUCAACCCCUCCCCACACAAGCUGUGUGCCGUCAGCCGCUCCUAGCGUCCUCAUCACCUGUUUAAAUGUAAAUAUUAUUUAUCAACAAAAUGCUGAGGUACUUUGAUUUAUUGCUACCUCGUAUUUUAGUCAGAAUGGGGAUAGAGAGAACUUCUGUCAUUUUGUCAUUUUAUUUUGUGGUGAUUUUUCUUAAAUUAUUUUUCAAGCUUCUUUAAAAAAUAUAUACACCAGACAGAAUCUACUCAUUUUGUACAUAUUUUGUUGAUACAAUAUUGUAAUGUUAUUUUUUAUUCUUUUACAUACCUAACAUUUUCUAUGUAACUAAUGUACCAUUUUAAAUUAAUAUUGAUGAUGUUGAUGUUUUGGUAUACAGGUCAGAUAAACACCACGAAAAAAAAAUAGCUUACAGCUGCUUUACAAAAAACAAAAACAUUUGAAAUUAUCCAAAUAAAUAAAUACAUAUUAAUAAUAAUAAUAAUAAUAAUAAUAAAAAGUCUUUAAUAGUCCUUCAUACUCUGUGUCAAUGUCUUUUAUUGUCAAAAACCUUUAAAUAAGCAUGAAGAGCACAUAUCCAAACUGAGCAGAUGUCCCAUUUUGUGGUGUCCUCUGUUGACCGAGAGAGUUAUUGCAACACAUUUGCGUCAUCUGUAUUUUUUUUUUUUACUAAAAGCACAGAAAAUUAGAAAAGCACUCGGAGAGCGUAGACCUCCGCUUGCAUUGUUCUUCCUAGGUUGACAUACAUUUGAACCUAAACUAUUCAAAUCGCCACCACGUGGC